CGCUGCCCAUCCAAUGUACCGCCACUUCUCUCUAGCCAGGGCAGAGUAGCAACGAUCCAGAACAUCAAAAUGGCCACCAUGGUCUCCAACCAAAGCUUCAAAUCAAGUGGAUCCUUGCGAGGAUUCCCCACCGGAGGCUCACGCCUGUCCAUGAGUGGAGGAUCUUCCAGGAUCAGCUCUGUGCGAGCCCCCAGCAUGUAUGCUGGUGCUGGAGGUAGUCGAGUGCUCAUCUCCACUGCCUCUGGCUCUGGGGGCUACGGCUUCGGUGGAGGAAUGGGUGGCGGAAUGGGGAGCGGAAUGGGUGGCGGGUUCGGCGGCGGAUUCGGCGGAGGAUUCGGCGGUGGAUUCGGUGGUGGAGAUGCCACAAGCAUAUCCACCAACGAGAAGGCCACCAUGCAGAACCUAAAUGACCGUCUUGCCUCCUACCUGGACAAGGUGCGCUCCCUGGAGAAGGCCAAUGCCGAACUUGAGAUGAAGAUCCGCAAGUAUUUGGAGAGCAAGACCACUCCCACUGCUCGGGACACCUCUGCCUACGAGGCCAUCAUCCGAGACCUUCAGGGAAAGAUCCUGGAUGCCACUCGAAUGAAUGGGGGCAUUCAUCUCAGCAUUGACAAUGCCAAGCUGGCUGCCGAUGACUUCAGAAUCAAGUAUGAGAACGAGCUUGCCAUGCGGCAGUCUGUGGAAGCAGACAUUAUGGGUCUUAAGAAAGUUUUGGAUGAGUUGACUAUGGUCAGAUCAGACCUUGAGAUGCAAAUUGAGGGCCUGAAGGAAGAACUUAUCUUCCUUAAGAAGAACCAUGAGGAGGAGCUCCUGGGCAUGAGGACUCAGAUGACUGGUCAGGUUCAUGUGGAGGUGGAUGCUGCACCACAAGAAGACCUCAGCAGAGUUAUGGCAGAAAUCCGUGAGCAGUAUGAGGCGUUGGCAGCCAAGAACCGCAGAGAUCUGGAGGCUUGGUUCCAAUCCCAGAUCGAGGGGCUGAACAAAGAAGUUGCCACCAGUAAAGACGAUCUGAGCUCAUCAAGAUCAACAAUUACCGAACUCAAGCGCACACUGCAAGGGCUUGAAAUUGAGCUGCAGUCCCAGUUAAGCAUGAAAGCAUCCCUGGAAGGCACACUGGCAGAAACAGAGGCCCGAUACUCUAGGCAGCUUGCUGGCUUCCAAAUGCAAGUAUCCAGCCUGGAGGAGCAGAUAGGAAUGCUCCGCUCUGACUUGGAACGUCAACGCCAAGAGUACAAUAUGCUGCUGGACAUCAAGACACGCCUGGAGAUGGAGAUCGCAGAAUACAGAAGGCUGCUGGAUGGAGGCACGGCAAGCGGCUCAACAACCACCACGACACGUAAGGUGGUGACAGUUGUGGAGGAACUGGUGGAUGGAAAAGUGGUCAGCACUUCUACUUCUGUGGCCAAAUGAGGGAGCCAGUCAAGAAAAUAAAGAACAUGUAACCCAUGCCUUGAAGUUAACGCAAUAAAAGAUUACUCCUGCA